GCAGCGCCUCUGCCGGGCUGCAGGUGAUGCGGCACCGAGGCCUCGCCCUGUGCUCGUACAUUGGGAUGGAAAAGCACGGCAGGAUGGAGCCGGGAGAGGCAGGAUACGUGUACAUCCACAAAGGAUCCCUUCGGGCAGCGAAUGCCAGCCGGGGCAGAGCUGCGAGGUCGCUUUUACCUCCCCCUGUCCCUUUUUGGGGCUCGGGGACGCUCGAGGUGGCCGGGCUCAGAGCGCUGCGGGGCCCAGCGAGCACCCAACGGCUGCCGCUCAAGCCGGGGGCGCUGCAGCAACAACCCCCGCCGCUCCUGCCCUCCUCCUGCCGCUCUCCUCCUCCUCCUCCUCCUCCUCCCCCCGGAAAGCAGCCCGGCCCACCGCCGCCGGAACAAAAGGGGCGGCCGAAGGUGGCGGCGUGGCCGCGCCCGCUGCUCCCGCCGCUUCGCCACCAUGUCCGCCAGCGGCGGCAGCUCCCCCGGCAAUGCCGUGAAGAAACGGAGCCCCGGCGGCUCGGCCGCCUCGCUGGCGCAGGAUGAGAAGCAAGCGAUGGAGAAGAUGCUGGAAGGGGCGCAGGAAAACGGCUGUGCCCGCUCGCCAUCGCCCUGCGGCUCGGCGGAGGGGGUGACCCUGGCGCGGAACAUCACCCUGCUGAACGGUGUGGCCAUCAUCGUGGGCACCAUCAUCGGCUCCGGCAUCUUCGUCACCCCCACGGGCGUGCUGCGGGAGGCCGGCUCGCCGGGGCUGUCGCUCGUGGUCUGGGCCGUGUGCGGAGCCUUCUCCAUCGUGGGCGCGCUGUGCUACGCCGAGCUCGGCACCACCAUCACCAAGUCCGGCGGGGACUACGCCUACAUGCUGGAGGUGUACGGCUCCCUGCCCGCCUUCCUCAAGCUCUGGAUUGAGCUGCUCAUCAUCCGGCCCUCCUCGCAGUACAUCGUGGCUCUGGUGUUCGCCACAUACCUGCUCAAGCCCAUCUUCCCCACCUGCCCCGUGCCCGACGAGGCUGCCAAGCUGGUGGCCUGUCUGUGUGUCCUGCUGCUCACAGCUGUGAACUGCUACAGUGUCAAAGCUGCCACCCGUGUGCAGGACGCCUUUGCUGCGGCCAAGCUGCUGGCGCUGGCUCUCAUCAUCAUCCUGGGCUUCGUGCAGCUGGCAAAGGGUGAUGUGGAAAACCUGACCCCGGAGAGAUCCUUCAAGGGCACCAAGGUGGGCGUUGGGAACAUCGUGCUGGCUCUGUACAGCGGCCUCUUUGCCUAUGGAGGAUGGAAUUACUUGAAUUUUGUGACAGAAGAGAUGAUAAAUCCCUACAGAAACCUGCCCCUGGCUAUCAUCAUCUCCCUGCCUGUCGUCACUCUGGUGUAUGUGCUGACCAACUUGGCUUACUUCACCACGCUGAGCACUGAGCAGAUGCUGACGUCCGAGGCCGUGGCCGUGGAUUUUGGGAACUACCACCUCGGUGUCAUGUCCUGGAUCAUCCCUGUCUUUGUUGGGCUCUCCUGCUUUGGGUCUGUCAAUGGAUCUCUUUUCACCUCUUCCCGGCUGUUCUUCGUGGGAUCCCGAGAGGGGCACCUGCCUUCCAUCCUGUCCAUGAUCCACCCCCGGCUGCUCACCCCCGUGCCGUCCCUCGUGUUCACGUGUGUCAUGACCCUGCUCUAUGCCUUCUCCAACAACAUCUUCUCAGUCAUCAACUUCUUCAGCUUCUUCAACUGGCUGUGUGUGGCCCUGGCCAUCAUCGGGAUGAUGUGGCUGCGCUACAAGAAGCCGGAGCUGGAGAGGCCCAUCAAGGUGAACAUCUGCCUGCCCAUCUUCUUCAUCCUGGCCUGCCUCUUCCUCAUCGCUGUUUCCUUCUGGAUGACGCCCAAGGAAUGCGGGAUCGGCUUUGCCAUCAUCCUCAGUGGGAUCCCCAUUUACUUCUUCGGAGUCUGGUGGCAAAACAAGCCCAAGUGGGUUCUCCAAGCCAUCUUCUCUGCCACCGUCCUGUGCCAGAAGCUGAUGGAAGUGGUUCCUCAGGAAUCCUAGGCAGGAAAAGCAGGGACGCUGAGCUGGAGGAAACGCACAACGUUAUUUUGAGAUGACACAAGGAUCCGACCCCUCACUCCCGAACCCCAGGCACUGGAGCUGCCUCCUGCUGCCAGCACGGCCCCAGGGCUCUGCCCACCUCCUGCAGCCCCUGCAGCCCCUCACACCAGCCAGGAGAAGUCCUUGGUACGAGCAGCAGCCAGGAGGAGGAAUUCCAAAGGGCAAUUCCAGAGGGGUGCUGCCUGUGGCCUCUGUGUGUGUGUGAGGGCUGUGCUUGGCUCUGGGCUCCUUUGCUUUGGCUCUGGGAUCUGCUGGAGCCUGGUUUUAGUGUUCAGAGUCCCUGGGGGGUUCUGAGCUGCCUUACCUGGCCCAGGGGGGUGGGAAGCAGAGCUUGGCUGCUGUUGGCUCGCUCCCCCAGCUCCCAGCCCCACGGGCAGAGGGACGAGGCAGAGCAGGGUCAGUGGCGUGGGGGGGCCUCACCUGGGUGUCACUGCCUCUUCCCCCGGGGCCCUGUCACCCUCUGGGCUUGGAUCACCACUCUCAGAUCCAAGCCAGCUCCCUGCUGCUGAGUCCCUUCUCCAGGAUGCUCUUCCCCACAAUGCCCAUGCCUGGGAAUGAGCACUGAGGGGGGAGUUCCUGCUGGGAAACCCUGGAGCUGCAGCCAGCACGAGGCCAAGUCCUUGGCUUGCUCAUUCCAUGCUUUUCUGUGCCAGGCUUGCAUCCAGCAUGGGAUGAGCAGCUCUGUGCUCUCUCUCCUCAUGGCCCUGCUCAGGGAGCUGUGUUUGCCCCUAAACCAUCUGCAGAGAGAAGUGAAGGGUGGGGAUUGCCCUGGCACAUUCCCUGGGGUCUCUCCGUGUGCUGCCUGGCGCUGUUCCCUUUGUCCUGCUGUGUUUCCUCUGGAAUGUGCCACAGAGAUGGCACCAGCUGGGUCUGGGGUGUGGAGAAGGGAGAUGUCCUGGCUGGCUGGAGCCACCUGGGGCUGCUGGAGGUCAUGGAAUGGUUGGGUGGGAAGGGACCUCAAAGCUCAUCCCAUCCCACCCCUGCCAUGGGCAGGGACACCUCCCACUGUCCCAGGCUGCUCCAAGCCCUGUCCAGCCUGGCCUGGGACACUGCCAGGGAUCCAGGGGCAGCCACAGCUUCUCUGGGCACCUGUGCCAGGGCCUCCUUCCAAUGAAAGUGAGUUCUGCUCUAAGGAGCAGGGUCUGGGUCUGAUCCUCCUUCCUGCAUCAGGUGUGGCUCCAUGAGAUCCCAGCACCUCCCUCCCGUUCCAGGAGCCAUCCCUGAGCACAGUCCAUGGUCUGCAUGUCAAAUCCUGGUUUGCUGUGGUGGGUGGUGCCAUCCCAUCCCUGAGCACACCCAGAAUUCCUGCAGUUCCCGAGUAGUCAGCGCUGUCCCUCAGGGCCAGGUCGCUUCCUUUGCUCCUUUUCCUUUUGGAAAGCUGCAGUUCCUGACCCGUUUGCUCAUCGUGCCUCUGCGCUCUGACAUCACUUGGAAUUCUGAUCUUUUCCCCACUGGAGCUGCUUUGCUGUCUCUGUUGCAGAUCUUUGUGCUCGUGCUUUGUGCAGGUGGCUUGGUGAACUAUUUCCCUUUUUUUUUUUGUAAACUUGGCCGUUGGGAAGCCGGGAUGCUCCGGGAGCUGUCGCUUCCCGCUGGAUUCUCCUUGUGGCAGAGUUCUUUGGGAUGAAGGGGCGUUAAGGACACCAUGGUACUCACUCAGGCUCUGUCCUGGCGAGUUGUGCAGCGCUCCAGGUUGUGUUGGGGCAGCUCCACACUCCCACUCUGCCAGCCCCAUGUCCUGCUCCGAGACAAUCAGCUCUAUUCCAUGGCAGCUGGGGUGGAGAUUCCCAAAUCAGCCCAGUGACUGUGGAGAUUCCCAAUCCAGCUCUCUGGGAGCUGAGUUAAUCCAUGAGGAUUUGCAGCUGAUUUGGGAAUGUCCAGAGGGCAGAACCCAAGGUUUUUGGCCCGUGCAAGGAGUUGGAGCAUCUCGGAUCCGAUGCCUGUGAGAGGCUUUGGUAUAAAUAAGGCCGUGAGUCACAAAACCUGAACUCGACUUUUCGCUUCUUCCAGCUGAAGGCUGAGAUGGUUUUUUGAGUUUCGAUGGGAAAUCUUGGCUCCUGCUGGAGCUGCUCCAUGGAGGGGGGACCUCAGUCUGUCACCUGCCACUCAAGCUGCAGGUUUUGCAGGAUUUUUUGGCUGUGAGGUUUCAGGGCAGCUCCUGCAGGGCUUCACUGUGGGGGCUCUCAGUGCCAAAACCCACCAGCAGAAUUCCUUGGGAUGCAAAGCAAAGGCACUGGAAUCUCCAACCCAGAGUCAGCUGGCACCGAGGGCCCUCUACAGAGAGCUCAGGAUUGGGGCCAGACCUCCCAAAGGCUGGCCUGGCCACGUUGUCCACCAGGUGAUGACCAUCACAGUGUCCUCCUGCUGACCCUUUCACACUGCUUUGAAAGAGGAGCUGUCGCACUAAAAAGUAUUUUUCAAGCAAUGGAUGGAUUUGAAUUAAAUCCUUAACUGGCUUGCUUUGCUUUUCGUGGGUUUCCGUGAUUUUCCACUUGCUGCUGAAGAUCUGUCUCUUGUACUAACCUGAGCCUCCAGCACUGAUCCCACCUUCAUGGGGAUCUCCUCAGCAUCUCCUUGGCAAUAGAGGUUUAGGAAGAAACUGAUCCAGGUACCAGCACAGAGCCACAAAAAGGCUGAAUUUGGUCAGCCACAGCUCGCAUCUCAAAGUUUUUCUGCCAAAAAGCAGAUUUUUUUCACCCUGGAGUCACUGAUCCCCCAGAACUGCCCUCCACCAGAGCUUGGUGACGUGGCUGGAAGAGCUUGGGUUGGUUUUCCCUGGAGGUUUGGGACAUAAUGAGGGAAGGGAUAAAACAAUUUCAUUUUAGAAAGAAAAGACAAAAAGUAGUUUCUCCGAUCAUGGAAAUGGCUGCCACAGCCUCUGCUCUCCAGCUUUUCCCUUGGAUCAGCAACAUCUGCCCUUGGCUUUCGCUGUUCUGAUGGAUUUGGGUAUGGAAGAGGGAGAAUUCACCCCUGGGAAAGAUCUCCUUGCUGCUUGUUUUCCUCAAAAGUGGAGUGAGAUGUAUCAGGGAGGGCAGGGAGAGCGACAGGGAGUUCCCAGAGUUUCCCAUCAUUCCCAGCACCGGAGCUGGGAUUUUUCCUGUUGUUUCUUUGGAGCCUGUGGUCAGUCACGGAGGGAGAUGAACCCUCCCCACAGGGACCCUGCAACCACAGUGACCUAAACGAGGUUCCACAGGAAUCUAUUCCAUUGGCAGCUCCCUGCAAGUACAGCUGGAGCUGUUCUGUCCACGGAAUCCAGGUUGGAGAAGACCUCGAAGGUUGGGGAGCCCUUCUGUGGCUGUGCCACAGUGAUCCCCUGCUCCUUGAACUGACCCCAGCUUCCCAUUAUUGCUGCUCUGCAGUUGUUUGGGAGUUCAGGCUCCCAGGCUGGCAGUUGUUUGGGGUGUUCACGGAAUUGCAUCCCGCAGGGAUUGCUAAACAGAGCAGGAGCUGCUGGCCAGGCACUUCCGUACCCGUUGGGUUCCUCUUUCUAAAUGCACCCUUCCUCCAGCUGGGAGGGGAACUGACCCUGCUCAGCCCUGCAAAAACCAGGGGCAUUUAUGUCAUCCUGGUGGGUUUUUAAUGAUUUCUUUUUUUAAAAAAACUUCCUGCAGAAUUUGCAGUGUUUUCCACCCCAGACACCAUGUUCUGGUAAACAGGCUUUUGUUUGGAACGGUGUUCACGGAGUUCAAAGGGACUCUGGCACAGUUGAACAAACUUUAAAGGCCCUUCAGCUGGAUUGAAGCUCCUGGGAAGUGGCUUUGUUGUUGUCCAAGUCCUCUCCCCGUGGGUGGCUCAGGCAAGGGGAUGAAUCGGGCUCCUCCAGGGGCUGCUCCGUGGUGGGUCUGGGCAGGGCCAUUCCCUGGAGAGAGAUUCUCAAUGGCAGAGUCCUUCUGCAGGGAAUCCCAGGGAAUGUUUCCACUCAGUCUGGGGAGGUACCUGUGCUCUGGGGCUUUACCAGAAAAUGAAAUUACAAAACAAAUCCAUGAGGAAACUGCCAAGCGUUGUUCCUUGCACAACGCUGCAGCUGCUCGGGCUGUUCCCAUGGGAUGCCAGCUUCUCCUCCAUCCACUCUGCAGCCUCAUGACAUGGAAUUGGGAAAGGGUUGGAACAGAGCAGCUCCUGGAGCUUGGGAAAGGGCAGCUCUGGCUGUGACCCCAAGGAUUGAAUCCCAGCCUUUUGCCGGCCCUGGGAGCAUCCUGAGCUCCGGGAUGAGCCAGAGCCAGCCACGCUUGGCUGCCAAGCAGGGAGAUCCCUGCAGGGAUGGGAAUGUGCUCCUUAUUCCUGCAGGGAUGGGAAUGUGCUCCUUAUCCCUGCAGGGAUGGGAAUCUGCUCCUUAUUCCUGCAGAAAUGGGAAUGUGCUCCUUAUUCCUGCAGGGAUGGGAAUGUGCUCCUUAUUCCUGCAAGGAUGGGAAUCUGCUCCUGCAGGGGUGGGAAUGUGCUCCUUAUUCCUGCAGGGGUGGGAAUGUGCUCCUUAUCCCUGCAGGGAUGGGAAUCUGCUCCUUAUUCCUGCAGAAAUGGGAAUGUGCUCCUUAUUCCUGCAGGGGUGGGAAUCUGCUCCUUUUCCCUGCAGGGAUGGGAAUCUGCUCCUUAUCCCUGCAGGGAUGGGAAUGUGCUCCUUAUUCCUGCAGGGAUGGGAAUCUGCUCCCUCAUCCCUGCAGGAAUGGGAAUCUGCUCCUCAUCCCUGCAGAAAUGGGAAUCUGCUCCUCAUCCCUGCAGGAAUGGGAAUCUGCUCCUCAUCCUUGCCAGGACAUCCCAGGAGACCUGAGGGAAGCUCCAGGGGCUCCUCAUUCCAGGUGUUUUUUUGAGGAGUUGCACCCAGGAUUAGGUUUACACACUGGAGCCCUUCCCAAUUGGAGCUGGAGCUGGGUUGGGAAUGCUGGGGGGUGCUGCUGGUGCAAGCAAGGCUCGUGCCUCAGGGUCGGUGAUCCCGAAGGGAUCCCAUAUCCAGAGGAUUAUUCCAUGCUUUCCCCCCAUUCCUUGCCUGAGAAGGGGUGUUGCUUCCUCCAGCUGUGGAAAUAGUAAUGAGUAAAAAAGAAAAAAAAAGUAUUUUUUUAAACACUGAAUUAAUUUCUAAACUGCCUAAAAGAGACUUUAUAGCUACAGCCAAGUUCUUCCCGAGGGCUGAGGCUCAGCCCGGCGCAGGGACCGUCCCUGAUCCCAGCUCUGCCUGCACUGGGAUCAACCUCAGACACGGAAAAAUCCCUCUUAGUUCAGAGCCCAGGGAGCUCCCUGUCCCACCACAAUCCUUGGAGAGGGAGGAUUUUGGGUGGUUCAGACCUCGCUCCCACCCUCAGAACAAAGGGAGGGUGACCUUCACUCCUGGUGAAGAAUCUGACUUGUCAGAGACACUUUGCUUUGUAUUUUUGUUGGUUUUUUUUUAAACACAGGAAAAAACAAAAAGGCUCUUAACACACAAGAAAACCUAGACCUGAUUUACAAUUUUGUUAUAUUUGGUUGCUUUAAAAAAACAAAACCUGUUUUACUAAUUUAAAUAUUGCUGUAGAUGACUCUCUAUUUAUUUGAAAGGGGUAAAUAAAUAUCUUUUAGUCUUAAUUCUUCUCCAGUAAGCGCUGUGUAUUCCCAAUAUUUGUGUUCCUGGCAGCGCAGCAAUUCCACUGACCCAGGGCUGGGCCGCCAGCAGCUCCUGAAUCCAAUGGCCUUGGACAACAAGAUGUCUCUUGCAAUGUAUUUUAUUUUAUUUUUUUUUUUUGUAGUAUUUCUUGAUUCUUUUAUGUCUGUGGUUUAACAAAUCUGUUCAAUGUUUGGGUUGUUCUGUGGUUUGGGUUGUUUUGUUUUGUUUUUUUAACAAAGAAAGCUGAAUUACAA